CUUGCCCAUAUUUAGACACAUCCGACUGAAGAGUGAGGGAUGUCUGGUCACGCUGACGCAGAGGCGAGCGAGCCGCUUCUUACCGGAGACCACCUGGAACCAAACGAGCUGGACUCUGAUGAAGGUGAAAUCAUUUUCGACAGGAGUGCCUCGAACAUCACAAGUCAUGGUGGUGCGAGUGUACAAAGAAGAUUAACAUUUGAGGAAGCAGUGGAGGAAGCAGGUUUUGGUUUGUUCCACUGGCUGCUGUUGGUGGUGUGCGGCUGGGCCAAUGCCAGCGAUGCCAUCGAGAUUCUCUGCGUGUCUUUUCUGCUGCCAACGGCGCGCUGUGAUCUGCUGCUGAGGUCCUCAGACAUGGGCCUGCUGACUGCCAGUAUUUUCCUCGGAAUGAUGGUGGGCGGCUACAUGUGGGGAUACUUGGCUGACCAGAGGGGGCGCCGCAGGGUCCUGGUUGUGUCCCUGACAGUGAACGGGGUGUUCGGAGGUCUGGCCAGCACAGCUCCCUGGUUUUGGCUCUUCCUGCUGCUGCGAUUCAUCAGCGGCAUCGGGGUCGGUGGGUCGAUUCCUGUUAUCUUCUCGUACUUCUCAGAGUUUAUGCCCCGGCUGAGGAGAGGUGCGAUGAUCAGCGCUCUGGCUACUUUCUGGAUGGCAGGAAACAUUGUGGCUGCAGGUCUGGCCUGGCUGGUGAUUCCCAGAACUUGGGCACAUUUCUCUGUGGGAUCUCUGGACUUUCAGAGCUGGAGACUGUUUGUGGUGCUGUGCUCUGUUCCCAGUCUCACAUCAGCCCUCCUCUUCAAGCUGCUCAUGCCUGAAAGCCCCAAGUUCCUCAUGGAGGCGGGCCGGGAGAAAGAGGCGAUCCAUGUCUUCCACCUGAUGUUUAAGCUGAACAUGUGGAGAAAAGGAAAAGCUUUCCCGGAAUUUGGUUUGUCUACCAGCUCCAAGCAAAGAGGGAAAAUGGAUGAGACUAAAACUUGGGGCUCACCUAAAGAGCGACUCUGCAGAAUUAUUAAAAAGGGCUUGGUGCCUAUUAAACAGAUGUUUGACGGUUCACUCAAAUCCAGGAGCAUCGUUCUGCUCAUCAUCUUCUACUGCAUCUCCUUCGGUUAUUACGGGCUGUGGAUGUGGUUCCCAGAGCUCUUUAUGAGAAUCGAGGACGGCGGCUCGCCCUGUGCCAACGUGACCCGACCAUCUACACUCGGCAACCAAAACUGCUACCCAGUGAAGACAGCAGUGUACAUGGAGGGUUUCAUCAUCGCUGCGUCAAACCUGCCGGGCAACAUCUUCACUAUUCUCAUGAUGGACAGCACUGGAGGAAAGACUCUGCUGUCCUGUAGCCUGCUGCUGUCCAGUGUCUGUGUCUUCUUCAUCUACGUGGUCCAGACCAAAGCUCAGAGUCUCAUCUUCUCCUGCGUGUUCAGCGGCGUGUCGGUCAUCGCCUGGAACGCUCUGGACGUGGUGGGAACCGAGCUGUACCCGACCCAGCUCAGGUCCUCCGCUCUGGGUUUCUUCACAGGAGUGGGUCGAAUAGCAGCGAUCACGGGUAACGUCGUGUUUGGAAACUUGGUGGACACAAACUGUGCCGUGCCGGUGCUGAUGGUGUCGGCUCUGCUGCUUUCUGGAGGAAUCGUGGCUUUCCUGCUUCCAAAAACCAAACAGACGGAGCUCACCUGAACACUCUCGUUAUUUAAGAUGAAUAAAUUAUUAGUAGACAUCCUCCUGAAGUCCUUACAGAGGCAGGCUGGACGGUUGUUGAAUUAUAUCUAUAUCUGCUGUUGCUGCUCUAGGAGGAUAUUUAAAUCCUGUGCCUUCUGUCAUUUCUCUCUGUGCCUUUUUUAUGGUGCCACAGCAACGCUCUCCACCUCCUCCAACCGUUAUUAUUCAGGAAAAGUGACUAAGAAGAGAAAGAAAGGCAGGUGUGCUACAUAUUGUGAGCUCAGGAGAGAGUACGAACCGUCAAGGACAUCUAAAAGGUUUGCC